AUGAGCCAACACAACAUCCUCGAAGCUCUUAACGUCCGGGUCGUGGGCACGGGCGACCGGAUCCUAGUCCUAGCCCAUGGAUUCGGCACAGACCAAUCCGCAUGGCACUUAAUCCUCCCUUACUUCACACAAACCUACAGAGUCGUCCUCUACGACCUAGUCUGCGCCGGAAGCGUCAACCCUGACUACUUCGACUUCAACCGUUACACAACCCUCGACCCCUACGUCGACGACCUCCUCAACAUCAUCGACUCCCUCGGCAUCCAAACCUGCGCCUACGUAGGCCACUCGGUCUCCGCCAUGAUUGGUAUCAUUGCUUCUAUCCGUCGCCCGGAGCUUUUCUCCAAACUCAUCCUCAUCGGAGCCUCUCCGAGGUUCCUCAACGACGAGGAUUACCACGGAGGGUUCGAGGAAGGGGAGAUAGAGAAAGUGUUCUCGGCUAUGGAAGCGAACUACGAGGCGUGGGUUCAGGGAUAUGCCCCGUUGGCUGUUGGAGCUGAUGUCCCCGAGGCGGUCAGAGAGUUUAGCCGGACGCUUUUUAAUAUGCGUCCGGAUAUCUCUCUGUUCGUCUCGAGGACUGUGUUUAAUAGUGAUCUUAGAGGCGUUCUUGGCCUUGUGAAAGUGCCUUCUUGUGUGAUCCAGACGGCUAAGGACGUCUCGGUUCCGGCCUCGGUGGCGGAGUAUCUGAGGGAGAAUCUCGGUGGGGAUACGACGGUGGAGACGUUGAAAACUGAAGGUCAUUUGCCGCAUCUUAGUGCUCCGGCGCAGCUUGCUCAGUUUCUCCGGCGUGCACUUCCUCGGUGA